AUGCCCUCAACUACUGCGGCUCUUAAUAUACCCGCGUCUAUUCCUGAUACAAAUAAUAACAACACCUCAACAUCAACAACCAUUAAAUCAACGCCUCAGCUAUCUUCUCCAAUGUCAACCAUGGCUUCUGCUCUUAAUAUACCAUGGGAUGGUCUCAAUGCUAUUAAUCCUGCUCUCGAUGAAACUGCCUCAGCUCUUGUAUCUGCGAUCUUGAAUGUUAAAACUUCUGCUGCUGCUCGAACUCGCCCAAUGGUCCGAUCCCUUCAUUCAAAUCGUCGAUCAAAUCGUCGUGGCUCCUCAAAUAAUCAACAUACUCAUAAUACAUCCACUCGAACACCUAUUACGACAGCAAACUCCUCCGAACCUGUAAUAAUUACACCCACAGCUCACGUGAUAACACACGAACAAUCUGCUGACGACAUGGAUCUUCAUGUGGUCACUAGUCCAACGUUUAAUAACAAAAUCAAUAACACCAAUCCUAUACCUAAUAACGACAAUAUCUCUCGUAAUAAUCGAAAGAGAGUACACAACGAUGUUGAAAAAGAUCCAAAUGCCAUUGCUGAUGAAUUGGUAUUAAAGCGUGCAAAAAAUACUGACGCUGCACGUAGAAGUCGACAACGUAAAGUCGAGAAAAUGGAAGGACUCGAGAGAGACGUCGCUGAAUUAAAACAUGAAAAUUCCGAAUUACAAACACGUGUUGCAGUAUUAGAGAGUGAAAAGAAGGGAUUGGAAGAGAAAAAUGCUGAGAAAGAUGCAAGAGUGCGUCAAUUAGAACAGCAAUUGAGUGAAGCCCAUCAACGAUUGAUUAACAAGAUAUAA